AUGAUAGAAACCGAAGUCGCGAACGCACAAAGGAUUCCGCGAGUGAAAAGACUAGGGACAGGAGUCGCAGCCGUGAAAGACGUGGCCGAGAAAAAGAUCGUCACAAAGAUGAUAGAGAACACAAGCGAUCCAGACACUCGAGAGGCGAUGAAAAAGAAGAGGCACAUACGAAGACACAAUACUCGAAAGUCCGAGGAUACUCAGACCAGUAUGAUAACGGAAAGUUCGAAUGGAGGAGAUUUACAAUCGAACGCCGUAGAACUUAAGGUAAAUAGCAAACCGAGCUAUUCUCCCGAUUUCUUUUCUUGCAUUACCAGAUAUCUCAGGGGAAUUUAUUGUCUAUUUUCCUUUUUAAUCAAGCCUUCCGAUUCGGCGACGUCUGCCACUGUAGCGGCUUUACUUGACCAAGAAGAAAAAAUCCGUCAGAGACGUGAAAGAGUCGAACAAUGGCGAAAGGAAAGAGAAGCCGCCAAAUUAGCUGAAGAAGCGGCCAAAGCAAAAACAGAGGCUAACAUCGGCGACUCUUCAACAGCGGCGGACGGAGAAACGCAACAAAAUUCAAAUAAGGGUUGGACAUUGGAUGAUGACGACGAAGAUGAGACUAUGGAGGUUGACAGCACUUUAGAAACCGUUGACUUAUUACCAAUUCCAAAGCCUGCUGAUAAACCUGAUUCCUCAACUUUUCAAGUCAGGAGAAAUCCUUUACUUGGACUCGGUAGCAAAAAAACGAAUAACAAGGGUAAAGGUAAAGAGGGAACAGCGGAGGAAGAAAAAAAUCAUACUUUAUCUUCUAAAGGUUCAGAAGGUUCAAGCGACCAAUUGAUGCGAAAUAACAGUGCGGAAGAAGACCCACUCGAUGCUUUCAUGAAAGAUGUUGAAGUUGAAGUGGAACAUCUAAAUGAACAAGAUAAAAAGCGAGCAAAACAAAUGGCGAAAGGUAAAAGCAGGUAUGACAGAUUGGAAUCUAUAGUGCAGGAUGAAGUUGACGUGGAGGAAGAAAUUGGAACCAAAAAACUCAAGAAGAAAGAUUUGGCUGCCGUUGAUCACUCUCAAGUGAAAUAUGAACCUUUUCGCAAGGAUUUCUACAUUGAACCUCCGGAAAUGCAUGAUUUAACGCCGGAUCAAGUAGAUCUUAUAAGGGUAGAAUUAGGCGGCAUCAAAAUCAGGGGUGUCGACUGUCCCAAACCAAUUCAGAAGUGGACUCACGCAGGAUUGCCCGCCGCCUGCCUGCAGAUAAUAAAGAAAUUGAAUUUCGAAAAGCCCACACCCAUCCAAUCCCAAGCCAUACCUGCUAUAAUGGCCGGUCGUGAUGUUAUAGGGGUCGCCAAAACCGGCAGCGGGAAAACAAUAGCUUUCUUGCUCCCAAUGUUUCGUCACAUUAAAGAUCAACGUCCACUGGAUCAAAUGGAGGGUCCUAUAGCCAUAAUUAUGACCCCCACCAGAGAGUUGGCGGUACAAAUUCAUAAGGAGUGCAAACACUUCCUGAAAGGAUUGAAUCUUCGGGCUGUUUGUGCAUACGGCGGCUCGCCAAUAAAGGACCAAAUCGCAGAACUAAAGCGUGGGGCUGAAAUUAUAGUCUGUACUCCAGGACGUAUGAUUGAUUUGUUGUGUGCAAAUUCUGGACGAGUAACAAACCUGAAACGGGUUACUUAUCUUGUUUUAGACGAAGCUGACCGAAUGUUCGAUAUGGGUUUUGAACCUCAGGUCAUGAAAAUUGUUAACAAUGUCCGACCUGAUCGGCAGACUGUGUUGUUUUCGGCCACGUUUCCGCGUCAAAUGGAAUCUCUGGCUCGCAAAGUACUCAAAAAACCGUUGGAAAUUACAGUUGGUGGGCGUUCGGUUGUAGCGCAAGAUGUGACUCAAAUAGUGGAAGUACGCGAGGAGAGUACUAAGUUCGUUCGCCUGCUUGAAAUUUUGGGUCAGCAAUAUAAUGAUGAUCCUGACGCUCGGACUCUCAUUUUUGUUGAUCGUCAAGAAGCAGCGGAUAAUUUACUGCGCGACCUAAUUCGUAAAGGCUACCCGUGUAUGUCACUGCACGGAGGAAAGGACCAACUGGAUCGUGAUAGUACCAUAGCCGAUUUCAAGUCUGGUGUUUGUCAGCUGCUAAUUGCAACCUCCGUUGCUGCACGCGGUCUAGAUGUUAAGCAACUUAAACUUGUCAUUAAUUUCGAAUGCCCAAAUCACAUGGAAGAUUAUGUACAUCGAGUUGGUAGGACUGGACGCGCGGGUAACAAGGGUACUGCUUACACAUUUAUUACACCAGAACAAGACAGAUAUGCCAUGGACAUUGUCAAAGCGUUAAAGUUAAGCGGUGCUCAUGUGAUCCCGGAAUUGCAGAAACUGGCCGAUGGAUUCCAAGAAAAGGUUAAGGCCGGUAGCGCCACAUAUUCAAGUUCAGGAUUUGGAGGAAAGGGUCUCGAAAGGUUGGACGAGGCACGAGAUCUUGUCAAGAAAGCUCAAAGAAAAACUUAUGGUGACGUUGAUGACGAUACGUCCGAAGAUGAGAUAGAAGAAGACGAGCUGUCAAUUCAGUCUAAGAAAGAUGAUGCUUCUGGUUUAGGCAUCUCUACCGCGAUAUCCGCUACAAAUGGUCAAUCUACUGACCCCGCUGCAAUCGCUGCCCUCAAAGCUGCGCAAGAAGCUGCGGCCCGUGUUAACGCGAAAAAUGUCGGGGUUAGCGGUGUUCAGAGAGCAAAGGACAUCAUUGCCGACAUUAAUGCGCGCUUCAAAGAAAAUAAUAUUCAGGGUACUGUGCCCGAGGCAGACAAGGCCGAAAAUGCCGCAGAAUAUUCCGUUGAAAUUGAGAUUAACGAUUAUCCGCAGAAGGCAAGGUGGAAAGUCACCAAUAAGGAGCAAAUAUCACAAAUUACGGAACUUACCGGUGCCGCUAUUACAACGCGUGGCACCUACUUUCCUCCUGGUCGUCAACCCGCACCGGGGUCCGGUGAGAGAAAGCUUUACCUAUUCGUUGAAGGCGAAAAUGAAUACGUUGUUGAGAAGGCUAAAAAUGAAAUAAAACGAAUAUUAACCGAAACCACGUUAAGUGCUAUUGAAGCCGAGGCUCGAAAUCCCGGGAGUACCUCAUUGGGUGGAUAUGGCAAGUAUACGGUUGUUUAA